AUGUCCAAGCUGCCUCUGGACCAAAGACCAAGCUCCACGUUGAAAUCUAGCCACGCCCGCUUCCAGUUGUGCAAAGACUGCGAGCAAGCUCUAGCUCACGUCACAUGCAAGGCCGACGACGCCGCCCUCUGCGUCACAUGGGAUCGCGUCAUCUACUUCGGCAACCCUCUCAACCGCCACCACGAACGAGCACCCGUCAUGCCAUUUUACGAUUCCGUGAACUCAACUGCGAACUCGAUUCCCGCCAUCAAAUCUGCCGUCAAAUUCUUUCAUGAUCUUUACUUCUCCGACAUGGACGGAGAAACCGAGACGAGCAGGGAGGAAGUCGAGGCUGUCUUGUGGCUCCUCUCGAAUCCCAAGGCUCAAGAUGGCCAGUUUUUGUAG